AUGAGCUCUUUCUUACAGACUUCUUCGCGACUCCGGGCGCCUUUGUCCUCUAUUCCUCUUAGCCGUCCAGCUGUCGACUUGACGAGUCGGCGAUUUUAUGUUCAAGGUACUCCUAAGAAAUACGGGCAGGCAAACCAGAAGGAACCGACCGAAAAUCCCGAGUUAGACAAUACUCCCAACCACCCAAUUCCCUCAAAUAAAGCCCACCCAACUCUAGGAGAUGGCAGACAGUCAAACCUGACAGAUGAGAAGGGGAAACCAAAUAAGAAUUUACCCGAGGAUGUGAAGAAGCACAACGCAGAAAUGGAAAACCGAUACGACAAGCCUUACAACCACAUCGCGGACGAAGGCCCAGUUGAGAGUGCCUUUGAGAAGAAAUGA